CUUGAUACAGAAUUUGAUAAGGUUCUUGUGGAUAUGAAGCCUUAUGUAUUGAAAUUACCAGAAAAAUCAGACAGACAAAGAUGUGCUGUAUGGAUUAAAAAAUUAUGUGAACCUGUAACAUCUGGUGUUUCAGCAAGGAAGAACCGUAAUUUACAUGCUCAGUUAAUGUUAAGAAUGUUACGUCGUGGAACUCUUCAAUCUCCUUUUGACAAGAAACCAAUGGAUGGUGCUUUACCUCCAUUGCCUACUUAUAUGUCUAUAUAUUUUGAUGAACCA